CUUCAGGUUUUCUAGAGAAGAACAGAGAUAAUUUGAGUAUUUGUAUAGUGGAUUGUAUGAAGUCCAGUAGAAGUCAACUAAUCAGUGAUUUAUUUAAAGCCAAACUCUCAAGAACGGGUACUAUAUCAGGGUCGUUUGCUACGAAACCACGGGUUAAAACACAAGGUGUAAAUAACACGGAUACCGCGACGACAGAGAGAUAUGACAGAUCACUUAAAAGCCAGACAACUGUAGCUCAGUAUUUUAAGAAUUCAUUGGUGGAUCUUAUGACUCGGAUGAACUCUUCCGAGCCAAGUUUCGUAAGGUGCGUCAAGCCCAAUGAACAGAAAGUAUCAGAUAAAUUCCACCAGGACCAGGUUGUUAAACAACUUAGUUCUAGUGGAGUUUUCGAGGUUAGCCGUAUUCGACAUUCUGGUUACCCGGUCCGUAUCAUCUUUGAAGACUUCAUAGACAGAUAUAAGAUAAUUGGAUUCAGACCGGAUAGAUAUGUUGAACCUAAACCAAUCAAUUGUGUGGCCAUCUUGAAGACAUUGGGAUUGUCAGAUUUUGAAACAGGAGAAACAAAGGUGUUUCUGAAAUAUUACCACUAUGACAGACUUAACGAGUGUAUCAAUGAUUUACAUAGAAAAGCCAUAAUAAUUCAGUCACGUGUUCGAGGCUACCUGACCCGUAAAAAAUACAAGAAACUCGAUCCAACCAGACGGAAAAUGGAAGAAAUUGCAUUUGAAGCAUACAAGCAAAGGAAUCGAGAUAGCUUCAAUGAAAAAUUAAAACAAACUUUACACAACUUGAAAGACGAUCAGGACUUUAAUAUUAUUAAAAAUCUGAAUCCACCCAAGUCACCUAUUCCUGGAGUGGAUAAGGAGAAAAAUGGGAGUGAGUCUGUGAUAAUAAUGAGCUCAUCGGAAAAAUAUGCACAAAGCGAUGGAAACAAUCGCCUAGGAUAUAGUGAAGACGAUGCUACAGGUGGACACAAACGGCGACGAAAACGUUGGCGCAAAAAUUCACAAAAGUCAAACACAACUGCUUCAGAAUCUACGGCAACGACUAACCUGUCCACGAACCUUCCGCAUCAGCAACAGGACGGUAUCAUGGAUAUUGGUUUCCAGCCAUGGGACCUGUUCAAAACAGUAUCUCGGCGAAGUGAAACCAUCUAUGAAGCAUCAACUAAUUGGUUUGAAGUAGCCGCCAAAACACUAAAAGUAUUCGCCUACUUGUUUAUAUUUAUAUGUGUAUUAACCAGUGCUUUAGCUAGUAAAGGAAGUUUAUUGUUAAUGACUCAUGCUAUAGGAAAUUAUAAACAAGGAUGGGAGAAUCGAGAUCGGUGGGUUUAUAUGGUAAUAGCAGUGAUGUGUCUUCCGUAUAUGGUAUCCUUUAUGGAAUGUCUCUUCAAAGUUAUGUUUGGAAAUUAUCCUAGACCUUCUAUAGGAAAUCUGUCAUGGAUUUUGAUGAUAGAAACUAUCCAUUCUUUUGGACUGUGUCUUUUUAUGUUCCGAGUUCUUCCAUGUUUAGAUACCGUACGUUCAUUAUUAUUAAUGAAUGCUCUGUGUUCAGUUCCGGCCAUUUUGAGAUUGUUUGCCACUAAACGUUCUGAAGAUACCAGACGUAAAAUAACGACUAUCAUACUGGAUCUUCUAUCAGUAUGUAUGCAGUUAUCGGCCUUUGUGAUAGUAAUGGCAUCAAUGAAAUCAGAAUGUGUAAAAACGGCCAGUGAUGACGUCGUGGAUGAAUCGACGUCCUUAACAGAACCACCAUCACCCAAAUAUGUUCCUCCACAAAGUCUUCCACAAACCUCGGAAUCAGCCUGGUCAUCUACAUACGCUCUGUCGGACAUGUCCUGGGAAAUCCCUCUAGCAUUAUUUAUGAUAUCAGUUAACUGGUGGGAAAAUUUUGUAGAUAAAGAUUUCCGUAUGGGAUGCAUCGAAAUACCCGUCAAGGACUAUAAAGAUACAUUGCAUAGAGUUCGUGUUAAAACAUAUAUGAUAGCUAAUUUAUGGAAAGUAGGACUCACUUUUGGAUUCGCCUUCUUGUUAGUGCCAAACCUAAGUAUGGUUCAUAAAGCUUUUGGUGCCUUAUUUCACCCAGAAAACUAUGGACUUAAUCUCAAUGCCACUUAUCCUACGUCGUAUCCACAGAUGACUACUGCGCCACCUAUUUCCGGCACAGAAGGGCCUGAUUUUAGUCUGAUCGAUAUGGAUGCCGAAGCACAAUUUACAUAUUUUAAUUGCUCUUCAAUGAAUGCCACCAUGUUGCGUUUGUCGGGGAUAAAUGAUACCACUUGUCGUCUGCAAACGGAUCCAUGGAGGAGCUGGUUUACCUAUAUGCCUUUACUGCUUCAAGUUGUGUCUUCUGGACUGUGCUAUUAUUUCGCAAGGUUAGCGUGUAAAUUAUGCAUGCAAAGGUUCUCUUUUGCGAUACCCUUAAGCUUGGCUACUCCAGUGGCUGUUGCUAGUAUCAUUACGGUGUGUUAUCUUAAGCCGGAAGAAACUGUUCUGAUAAACGACUUUUUAAUGUGGGCUUGUAGUGGAAACGGAACAGAACGGAAGUGGUUAAUAUGGCAUCUUGGUCUAGGUUUUGGCCUAUGGUGGGCCUCACAGUUGUGGAUUACUCGUUACAUUUGGACUCCAAAAGCCCCAAGAUUAGCUUUUACAGAAAGGUUAUUUAUAUUACCGCUUUAUUGUGGUGCCCUAAUCGAACAAUCCCUUUUAUUAAACCGACGCCGCAAUGAUAAAGAAAGAAUCCUUAAAGAACUGGCCUUUAAUGAUGAUGCUUCUAUGGACAGUAAUUCAACAGAUGCCAUGAGAAAACAACGAGAACAAAUUGUACCAAAGAUUUAUGUUUGUGCUACUAUGUGGCAUGAAACAGAAAACGAGAUGAUGCAGAUUUUGAAAUCGUUGUUUAGACUUGACAUCGACCAGAGUGCCAGGAGAAAUGCACAAGAUUACUUUAGCGUCCAAGAUCCCGAUUUCUAUGAAUUUGAAGCUAAUAUAUUUUUUGAUGAUGCCAUGGAAUUGAAUAAUAAAGGGGAGUGGAUGGCAAAUAUCUUUGUGAAUCAACUCGUCGAUCUGGUGGAUGAUGCUGCAAGUGCUAUUCAUGAAAGUGAAAUCAAGUUAAUGGCCCCGGUAAAGAUUCCUACUCCAUAUGGCGGACGUCUGGUAUGGACGUUACCUGGUGGUAAUCUUUUGAUAGCCCAUCUUAAGGACAGGCUCAAGAUACGUCACAAGAAACGAUGGUCACAGGUGAUGUAUAUGUACUACCUACUUGGUUAUCGAUUACUCGGACAACAAGAUGACGCCAUGCAAAGUAACUCAACCUUAGACAGGGAAGAGAAAUGGCGAAACUCGGCAACACACUUCGUAAAAGGAAACCUCUUCAAAUACAUUCCAGAAAAAGUUCUAGUUCAGGCUGAAAACACGUUUGUUCUGGCACUUGAUGGUGACGUUGACUUCAAACCACACGCUGUACAGCUGCUGGUAGACCGAAUGAGAAAGAGUAAAAAAGUCGGAGCUGCUUGUGGACGAAUUCACCCGAUCGGAUCAGGACCUAUGGUUUGGUAUCAAGUGUUUGAAUACGCAGUUGGUCAUUGGCUACAGAAAGCAGCUGAACAUAUGUUGGGUUGUGUAUUGUGUAGUCCUGGUUGUUUCUCCCUGUUCCGUGGAUCAGCUUUAAUGGAUGAUAAUGUAAUGAGAACCUAUGCCACCAGAUCAUCGGAAGCACGUCACUACCUACAGUACGAUCAAGGUGAAGAUAGAUGGUUAUGUACAUUACUUCUUCAACAAGGUUAUCGUGUAGAAUAUUGUGCUGCUUCAGAUGCCAUGACCCACGCCCCAGAGAGAUUCAAAGAGUUUUUCAAUCAAAGACGUAGAUGGAUUCCUUCAACAUUAGCUAACAUCAUGGACCUACUUCAGAGCUAUCGAACCACUGUCAAGAUAAACGACAACAUCUCUUACUUGUACAUGGGUUACCAAGGUCUUCUUAUGUUAUCCACCAUCUUGGGUCCCGCCACGGUAUUGCUUAUGAUGGCUGGUGCUUUCAAUGCUGUUAUCCGAACAAGUUUAUGGCAGUCGUACCUGUUAGCUGUUGGUCCUUCUGUGCUUUAUUUAAUCGUAUGUUUCGUCGGCAAAUCAGAAACGCAGUUAAAUUUUGCAGCAAUCUUAAGUGCCAUAUAUUCCCUGUUGAUGAUGGCUGUUGUCGUUGGUACUUUGGUUCAAAUAGCGGAGGAUACAAUCGUCAGUCCUAACGCGGUAUUCUUGUUGAUGCUUUUAGCAAUCUUCAUCAUAUCGGCAUGUUUUCAUCCGCAGGAGUUCAUAUGUUUGCUGCCGGGAGCUCUAUACUUUCUGUGUAUUCCUUCCGGCUACGUACUGCUCAUGUUAUAUGCUAUGUGUAAUCUCCAUGUCGUAUCAUGGGGUACUAGAGAGACGGCCCAUUUAGCACAUUUAAAACCGAUGUUACCACAAGAAUCAAUUCCGAUUAGCCCAAAGAAUCCCACUGGAUGGAUGUCAUGGAUAGCUCGACAUGAUGAUGAAAAUUCAUGUUGUGGUUUCUGGAGAAUGCUUCGGAGAGUUUGUGGACAUCGACAUCCCGAUCUGAACACGGAAAUUCUUCGCCAAGUAAUGGAAAAGUUAGACAAAGUGGAAGCUGGAAUGAGAACAGUUUCUGCUGGUUCCAGUUUCCAACAGCAACGACGACGCUCAUCUUCUCGAUCGCGCAGAUCAAAACGCUCUAACAUAAAUGACAUCGAAGAGGAAGAUGCAGAACACGGAGAUGCAUCUGAAACAUCAACAUCUUCUGAUGAAGAGGAGCAUAUGUUUGAGGAAGAACGAGAUGAACUUAUCAAUCCCAGAUGGGUGGAAGAUGCUGGGCUCAGAGGUGGAGAAGUUCAGUACCUACCUGUUAGAGAAAUAGAGUUCUGGCAAAGAUGUAUAGCAAAGUAUUUGCACCCCAUUGUAAAAGAUAAAGCGCAUGAAGCUAAAGUAUCUGUUGAUCUAAAAUCUAUGAGAAAUAAUGUUGCAUUUGCUUUCUUCAUGAUGAAUGCAUUUUGGAUGAUUAUUAUUUUUAUGUUGCAAAGUGUUAAAGAUAAAGUUAGCAUACCUAUUCCACGACCUAAUAACAAGGACUUGCCCAUUGAACCCCUCGGACUUGUAUUUUUGAUUGUGUUCGCCUUCAUUCUGUUGCUUCAGUUCGCUGCUAUGUUGCGACAUAGAUACGGCACGCUCUUGCACAUUUUGGCAUCUACAGAUCUUCGAUGUUGUCGCAAACGAUAUGAUCCAAAGAAGCAUAUUCGUAGAGCGGUGGAAUACGCCCGGGAACUGCAACGACUCCAUGGUUUUGAUGAAGAUCUCACGGACCAAGAUUACGAUUAUCUUAGUUCCUGUGAAGGAAGGCCGACUAUGCCUAAUAAUAUCUAUGCAUCGAACGGUUACCAAAACCAAGGUCGCUCUUUUGACGAUAGUGACAUUCCCAAUGCUUCGGCCACAGAGAAUCCAUAUCCCAUGAUGUUUGGUAAUGAAGCAUUUACGGAUGGUAAUAUGGAGGAAGGUAGUCCUGGUGAAGUUGUUAGAAAGAGACGAAAUGGUAAACGAGCUAAUAGAAGUCGUACAAUGGUGGAUAAAAAUAACACAUUACGUAGAGCAUUUGUUAAACGAUAUACCAAAUUAUUAAGGCAACAUACGGCAGAUCCUGGCACAGUCUCUAAUAUAAAUACGUUCCUUAAUAGCAACGGCGGUGGUACACAGAACGGAUCUCUAAGAGUAGUUAGUCCUAGAAAUUCACCACCUAAAAGAGAAACCGCCGAGGACUUAGUUGCCCGGUUCAAUAAAUUAAACAGGUGAUGAUAAAGACAAGUUUAUUCUAGAAAUAUUUACUAAUGUGUGUUAAAAACUGAAAUGCUCAAAGUAAAUAAUGUCUCUGAACAGUGACGAAACUGUGCAAAGUUUGUGAACAAAGAAUCAAUCGCAUCAUCCGUUGCUGAUUAAACAGUGCCUUCUAAUCUCCCGGUGUUAAAGAACGUGUGCCUUAAGCCUUAAUAUACACAAGCGAGUCGUAGGAUACCAGAACCAUUGACGUGCAAGAUGGUUAGCAAAUUAUAUUUUAAAUAAUUAAAUAAGCGGAUCGGGUUUAAAAGUGACUGUUUGAAAUGUAAUGAAAACUAAACAUUCUAACAUCGGUGGGGACGAUAUCCGUCAGUUUGUUCGCAUGUUUUGCUUAAAAGCUCAAUUUCACAUCAAAUGUGAAAACGCCUUAACUUUGCUUAAAUUGUACCCAGUCUUGCCGGAAGGACGAUAAAUCACGGACAAUACACAUAUAUAAAUAAUAGGUGAUUAUAUAUAUCGUUUAUAUCUGUUUUAUUAUGAUUAUUAUUAUUAUUAUUUAUGUUUUAUGCUAAUAAUGUUUAUCUAUUAAUUUAGAUAAAUAGUGUGAUAAUAAUUGUUUAUAUACUUAUCUUGCCUUGUAAAAUAAUUUAUGCAUAUAUUAUUAUGACCUAGAUCUUUCUUAGACGAUGUUAUAUUUAUAAAUUAAAGAAAGAUAAGUCAUUAUACAUAAAACAGUUGUAAAUUUUUAAUAAAUUUCAACAUAUUUUAUAUACACCUUUAGGCUGUGUUCGAUUGGACUGAAUAACUUUUAAGACUGUUUAAGCCAUAUGUAUAUGUAUAUUUUAUAGUAUAGUAGUAACCACUGAAUAUAUUUGAAGCUGUUGUUUUGGGGCUGGCUCGGAACCAGAAUAUAGCGGCAAUAUUACAACGAGAAAAUGGUAGAUGGCAAAGUGUUAUCCUUAAAAGUUUUGAACGAGAACGCCUAUUUGUUCGAAUAUCCCUUGGUGUCACAGCAGUCAGUGUUUUAAUAGAUGUAUUAAUCCCCAAAGGUAGAGAAAGAUUUUCUUGUAUAAAAGCGUUAAAUAGCAGAUAUUUGAGCUUGGCAUAAUUUAUAAUAUUCAAGCUAGAGAUCAAUCCCUUCAGUUUAUUUCGAUUUUAGCGUUUCUUUUAGUUUUGGUAUUCGAUUAGUGAAUUGUGACGUUGGUGAUAAGGCGUGAUAUAUUAAAGCUGAUCCUAUGUAUAUAUAUAUAACGUGUCGAAUACAGCCGAAAAUUAAUUCCUUCCCAGGAUGUACAUUUUGUUUCCUGGAUAAAUUCUUCUGUCCUUUUAAUUUCAUGAUUUUGAAUAUCUGCUCUAGAUGAUGACUCGUUGUGAAUAUUAAACAUGUUUAAUUAAUGUGCAAAUUGCUGAACAUAUCUCAGCUAAGGUGACUUUCUGUAUUUGAUUUCAAUAAAACUGUUUUGUAAUCAA